AUGGAUCGUAUUAAAAUCUGCAAUGACACAGUGAUCAAAAAGAAACUCAACCAGCACCAGCAGAGAUGCUACGGCGCGUACUUUACCUGUAUUGAUUGUUCAACCACAUUUCAGGGAAACGACCACAAUCAGCACACAUCCUGUAUUUCAGAGGCAGAGAAAUAUGAAAAGGGAUUGUACAAGGGAAAGAAGGGAGAAAACAAGAAGGCAGAUACUGCAAAGGCAAAACAAGCACCUAAAGUAGAAAAGAAGGAAGAGUCAAAGAAAGCAGCCAAGAAAGAACCAAAGGAAGAGCCAAAAGAAGAACCAAAGGCAGCACCAAAGGCAGCACCAAAGGAAAACACAAAAGCGUCUGCCAAAGCAUCCAAGAGCAAAUCGUCAAGCGCUGCUGACUCGCUCGCCCCACUUGUAAAUAAAUCACAAAAUUUCUACAAAGUUUUAAAGAAAGCCUCCAAGGACGACUCAAAGGCUUUGAAACAGCUUUUAAAGAAUUUGACAGUUGCCAAUGUUGACGGAAAGUUGGUAAUUAGUUAG